AAUACGAAUGACAAAGACAGCAGACGCCAUUCGCUCGUGCAUUUGCUUACAACACUAUCGUGUUUUAGGUUAUCUAUCAACGUACUCGUCGAAAAUCCAAAGAAAUUCGAAGAGUUUACAAAUAUUUAUCGUACAAACAAAUAAAUAUUCAACAUUUAAUCAUUCCUCGAACUACAACAGACCGGAAUUUCAAAUUUGAAAUUGAAUGCAGAGAAUUGUUUCUUUAGAAAAAAUGGAAUCUGAUUACGAGGAAGAUCGUGGGACGUGGACAGAAGAGAUGGGGAAGGCAGAGGACUGCGGGGCAGAGGACAGUUUAGAGAAUCCUCAAGAAAUAUUAAACGAAUGCUUAGACAAAUUCAAAACGCCUGAUUAUAUCAUGGAACCAGGAAUAUUUACACAACUCAAAAGAUAUUUCCAAGCUGGUGGAAAUCCGGAACAGGUGAUAGAGUUGUUGUCAAAGAAUUAUACAGCCUGUGCUCAGAUGGCAAACCUUCUUGCCGAAUGGCUGAUCCUUGCCGGAGUGAAAGUCACAGACGUGCAAGCAAUGGUGGAGAACAAUUUAAAGGAUAUGAUAUUAAAGACGUUCGAUCCGAAGAAGGCAGAUAAAAUCUUUACAGAGGAAGGAGAGACUCCUGCAUGGUUGACGGAAAUGAUUCAACACCCCACGUGGAGGUCACUAAUUUACAGACUAGCAGAAGAGUACCCAGACUGCCUCAUGUUGAACUUUACUAUAAAAUUAAUAUCCGACGCUGGUUUCCAAGGCGAGAUUACAAGCAUUUCGACAGCAGCGCAACAGAUUGAAGUAUUCUCAAGAGUAUUAAAAACUGCAAUCGCUGGAUUUUUGCAGAACACAGAAAACUGGCAGUCGAGUAUACAAGAGUGUGCAAAAAUGGUGUGCCAUGGGCAGCACACUUACGUCUACAGUCAAGUGUUGCUACAGAUUCUUGCACAAGAACCACGCGGAGGAUUCAUGAUGAAAAGGCUGUCUCAGGAAAUCACGAAAUGCGCUCAACAAAAUCACCACGACGUUACGCCGAUAACUAUGGCACUCAACGGAGCGUCUGGCAGUCCAAGCGCAUGCCAAGCACUGGUAUCAAUGCUCUCGCGAAACGCUUUGAACCCAGCAGACAUCAGCGUGCUGUUCCGAAAUUAUUCCACAGCGGAACCACCGCCUAUAGAACUAAUUCGUAACCCGCAGUUCCUGGAGCUACUAGUCGACGCACUGUUCAAACCGGGAGUGAAAAUCAAUCCCGAGCAUAAAUCAAAGUACAUAUAUUUAUUAGCAUACGCAGCCAGCGUUUGUGACAUCCCUGCUAAAAAGGGGCACGCGAGGAAACUGAAUAAAGACGAAUUGAAAACGACUAUCCAAGCUAUAGAGAAGGUUCACAGUAUUUGUAAUAUUAAUAAAGGGUCUACGGAGUUAAUAGCAGAACUGCAGACUUUGUAUCAAUGCAUAAGAUUCCCUGUUGUAAGCGUGGGUGUGAUCAGGUGGGUCGAGUGUACCGUCACCGAGGCAUCGUAUUUUAAAUUAUGCACCGAACACUGUCCUUUACAUUUAGCAUUACUUGAUGAGGUGGUAGUUUGCCACGCUUUGUUGCACUCUAAAGUGCUGCAGCUCCUCGUGCGAUUGUUCGAAAGUAAACAAGACGAAUUGGAGAUACUAGUACAGUUGGAAAUGAAGAAAAUGUUGAUCGAUAGAAUGGUGAAUUUACUGAGCAGAGGCUGCGUGGUGCCUGUCGUCUGUUAUAUAAAACAGUGUUGGCAACGCGGAGACACGGACGUGUCGUUAAUUAGGUAUUUUGUUACAGAGGUUUUGGAAGCGAUAGCUCCACCAUACACAGCAGAAUUUAUUCAAUUGUUCCUGCCUAUGGUGGAGGACGAAGAAAUUACAGGAACUAUGCGCGGUGAUGGGGACAAUGAUCUUGUUUCGGAAUUCAUAGUACAUUGCAAAGCGCAUUGCCCGACGAUAAGAUGAUCAUUGAAGAAUUAAGGAACUUGGAUGGAAUCAAGAAAAAUAGGUCCAGAUAGUACAACAUGUUUUUACUUUAUCUGUGAAUAUCGGACUGAUAUAUAUGAACUACUGUUUCAUUCAACAUCUUAUUUGGUGUUUAGUGGGCACGUGUGCAAUUGUAUAUACCGAGAGCACGAUCAUUUCCUCCAUCGAUUUGUGAUAACAUAAUUUACGUCUUCUCUGUAACAAAAACAAUCGAGAUCGUCAAUCGUUUGAACGAAUCAUUGGACUUGUCACAGGGUUAGAUGUACUCAACAAUAAAACGAUUAAUGACUGAGAAA